AGCGUUGAACUCCUCCCAGAAGUAAUUCUCACUGAUUUUGCGCCCAUGAUCUUGAGCGUGUACCACCCUCGCUUGCUCCUCGUGACAAUCCCAUCAACGCGAGCCGUCCUGGCUCAACGAACACCGCCACUGGCUUCCCUAAUCCUACGAAUUGUACAGACAGGGUGUUCAGGCACAUCGACCGCAAAUUUGAAUGGACGGUCGAGGAGUGUCAGGAGUGGUGCAUUGCGCAGGAAUGUGGAUACGAUGGCUAUUGGUCGUGCACAGGAGAAAUAUAAGCGGCGCCGGGAUGAAGAGCUAGGGUGCGACCCAGGUUGCUGUCUUCAAGCGUCUUGAAGGCGAGGCUUUGACUACGACACGCGAGGAGAAGAGUACCACGUCAAAAGCCAAGAGAAGCAUCGUCUACUGAAAAUACACCACUACUACGAUUAGAGAAAGGAAUCUGCUUGGACAGGCGGUUCUUAUGAAGACGAUGUAGUUGGCUGGAG